GCGCGCUGUAAUAAGAUUUGAGUUGCGCGCGACAUCGGUGUUGUUUCGAAUGAUGGCGUAUUCUUAUCAGCUGAAUUGUGUUCUGGAAUUUCGAUUAAUAUAACUUAAAUUUUGCUUAAUUUAAGGCCCUAAAAUUCCUCACAUUAAAUAUGAGGGCAGUUUUGGUUUAUUUGUGUUUAAUAUGUAUGUUUGUGGAAUGUUAUUCAUCAGAUUUUAAAAAACCCACUAUAGUAUUUUCAAUACUUGUUAGAAAUAAAGCACAUACGUUGCCUUAUUUUCUUACUGCGAUAGAAAAUCUUAAUUAUCCAAAACACCGAAUUUCAUUAUGGAUACGUAGUGAUCACAAUGUAGAUAAUGGUAUAGAAAUAUUAAAGAUAUGGAUAGAAGUAAAUAAAUUAAAUUACCACUCAAUUCAUACACAUUUUGAGGAAGAAAAUUAUAUUUUCCCGGAAGAAAGUGGUCUAGGACAUUGGUCAAUAGAUAGAUUUAAACAUGUUAUAUCCCUAAAAGAGAACGCCCUAAGUUUUGCACGAAAGAAUUGGGCGGAUUAUUUUUUGACAAUAGACAGUGAUGUGUUUAUAACAAAUCCAGAAACAAUAAACUACUUAAUAGAUAAAAAUUUUACUGUAGCCUCCCCGAUGUUGCGAUCAGAUGGUUUGUAUUCUAAUUUCUGGUACGGCAUGACUGAAGAUUAUUACUAUCAAAGAACUGAAAAAUACAAACCUGUGUUGUAUAGAAAAGAACAAGGCUGUUUUAAUGUGCCCAUGGUACAUUCUUGUGUAUUAGUAAAUUUAAGAAAAAAAGAAUCAGACUUACUUACGUAUGAUCCAAGUAAUUUAGAUAAUUUUAAUGGACCAAUUGAUGAUAUUAUAACUUUUGCAAUUAGCGCUAAUAAAAGUAAUAUUUCAUUAAAUAUUUGCAACGAACAAAACUUUGGAUUUAUUACUGUUCCUUUGGAACAAAACGACGAUUUAUUAACGGAUAUAGAACAUUUAAGAAAUAUUAAACUAGAAGUUCUAAACAUGGAGAAGCCCCUAGAAGUAAAGGAUUAUUUAAAAAUAUAUACUAGUUUGCCAAAGAAGGAUACAAUGAACUUUGAUAAAAUAUUUAUGAUAAACUUGAGAAGAAGACCAGAAAGAAAAAUAAGAAUGAUGAAUGUUUUUAAUGAAUUGGGUAUUGAAGCUUCCACUUUAGAAGCGGUAGAUGGCAAAUCCUUAACCGAAGCUGAACUAAACAAAAUUUUGUUUUUACCUAAUUACGCCGAUCCAUAUCAUAAAAGGCCCAUGACGAAGGGGGAAAUAGGCUGUUUCUUGAGUCAUUACAACAUCUGGAAAGAAAUUAUAGACAAAGGGUACAAACAAACUCUGGUUCUUGAAGACGAUAUCCGGUUCGAGUCAUUUUUUAGAUCGAGGGUAAAGAUUGUAAUGAAUGAUUUAUUAAAAAUUCCUGACUGGGAUCUUGUAUACUUCGGUAGAAAGCGUUUGCAAGAAAAAGACGAGCCUUGGGUCGAGGGUAGUAGUUCUCUAGUAAAAGCCGGCUACUCCUAUUGGACCCUGGGGUAUGUCCUAAGUCAGAAAGGAGCGCAAAAACUGCUAAAUGCUGAUCCAUUAUCGCGCUUAGUGCCCGUUGACGAAUUCUUGCCAAUACUGUUUGAUAAACACCCGCAGGAUAACUGGAAGAGCCAUUUUCCCCGAAGGGACCUCGUCGCCUUGUCCGCCGCGCCUCUGCUGCUCUAUCCCACUCAUUACACCGGCGAAGAGGGAUACAUAAGUGACACCGAAGAUUCGGUUAUCGUCACCGAGGCCAAAUCGUACACCAGGGACGAUCUUUAACGAUUUUUUAAGGGACGCACCUUUUGGAUUGCUGUUAUGUACUUACCUAUUUGUUUAUGUCAAUUGAUACUUGCCUACGAUUAAAAAA